AACCCAGGGCCCUGAUCCAGGAUCCUAAUUUCUGCCUGAGUUGAACUUUGAAGACAGAAGACUGAAUCAGCGGGUUUGUUGUUGUGGAACUGAGUUUGUUGUUAGCAGGAGUCCACUUUUCCUGUCCAUUCAAGGGCAUUGCUUUGGGCCCUGAGAUCAGCGUUGCACUAAGGCCUGUCUGCCAAGCGGGACAGCCUAAUGGACCCGCCGAGAGGUGUAGAGCUUCACCACAGAGGAUGUAUAAGUUGACAAAGUGGAUCUCUCCAGAACAUUCCAAGAUCUGACCUCACACGGCCAUGGGGGACUGGAACCUGCUAGGAAAGCUUCUAGAAAAAGCCCAGGAGCACUCCACCGUGGUGGGGAAGGUGUGGCUCACGGUCCUGUUCAUCUUUCGCAUCCUGAUCCUGAGCGCUGCAACAGAGAAGGUGUGGGGAGAUGAGCAGUCAGGCUUCACCUGCGACACCAAGCAGCCUGGUUGUGAGAACGUAUGCUAUGACAUUACCUUCCCCAUCUCCCACGUCCGCUUCUGGGUGCUGCAGAUUAUCUUCGUGUCAACACCUACCUUAAUCUACCUGGGGCACAUCCUCCAUCUGGUGCGUAUGGAGGAAAAGCAGAAAGAGAAGGAGAAAGAGAGGGAACAUCAUUCAGACAAACAGGCCCUCAUUGUGGAUGCUAAGCAGAAGAAAGCUCUCAUAAGGGACGAGAAAGGACGGGUGCGCCUGCAGGGGGAGCUCUUGCGCACAUAUGUCUUCAAUGUAAUCUUUAAGACACUCUUUGAGGUGGGCUUUAUUGUGGCUCAGUACCUGUUGUAUGGGUUUGAGCUGAAGCCCAUGUAUACAUGUGACAGAGCACCAUGUCCCAAUGUGGUUAACUGCUACAUAUCCCGCCCCACAGAGAAAACUAUCUUCAUCAUCUUCAUGCUCGGAGUGGCCAGUGUGUCUUUGUUCCUCAAUCUCAUAGAGGUCUAUCACCUGGGCUUCACCAAGUGCCGCCAGGGUUUCACCUUCAGGAAGAGAAUACAGACCCCUGAGAAUAUCUCUAAAGAGCCCAGCGAGGUUGCAGUGCCACUGGUGCCAAGCUAUGAGGACUUCUUCCAAGGGCACCGCCAGGUCCAGCCUGCCUACCCACCUGUACCCAGCUACAACCUCACCCCUCUGUCUGAGGGGGCAGACUCAUCCUUCCAUCCCUACCACAGCAAGGCAGCUUACAAACAGAAUAAGGACAACUUGGCGGUGGAAAGAAGCAGCAGUAAGCCAGAGGAAUUUGACCUGAAAGGAAAGAAGGGAGCGGGAUCAGCUCCUGGGUCGCCUUCACAGGCUAGGGCUGGUCAUGGUGGCAAACACAGCGGCAACAAGACUAGAAUAGACGAUCUGAAGAUAUAAGGGGUGGGGAUAUGUUUCCUGGAGGUCUCUUAAAUUGUGAGGGGAUCAUAUGUUGUUGGGAAGCCAUCACACACAGACGCUGAACUCACCUGCCCCCCACCCCCCUCUUUGUAAGAUGGCUCGGGUUUGACUCAUUCCAACUAAGAGGGGAAUAACAUUUCAGCAAAGAUCCAAGUGUACUGUAACAUGACAACACAGAACAAACAACAACAACAAAAAAGAACAUGUCUGAAGAACUUUCCUAUUCUCGUGACCUAUUUUCCUUUACUAGGGAUUUUCUUUUUGGCUUUCACUUUUGAACCAUAGCAUAUUUCCUACCGGUACACAAAUUAUGAAACAUAAUAUCAUUAAAUAGUGAUUAGUACUGGUAGUUUCUGAACCAUGGCUUGUGUAUGGCAUCAUUCUUUCCACUAUUCAGUAAAAGAUCUGCACAGGUUUACAUUGAGCUUGUCUUCUAUUCUUUAAAUGUGUGAAAUUUCCUCUAAAUCCAACGCAGGGACAUGUUCAGUACUGACCUGACCUCAGUUAAAGAGAUGAAAUAGGGCGAUUAGUUAAAUUUAUCUUCCUUUAACUGCGUUGAGGUCACCAUCGAGCAUAGUUCACUUGCUUAGACUUGAAGUGAUGAGUUGUGCAAUACGUGACAACAUGUUGGACACUGGAAUAACUGUUUCUAAAUCCAGAUCAUGCCUCCAAAGAAAUUGCACUGGUGUCAAAAGUUCCAACAUUUGUGCUCUCUCUUUUUCUUUUUCUUGACAGCUAUUAAGAACAUAAUUGUAAGCACAUUUUUUUUAGUUUAUCCUUGUUCAUAUAUGUGUAUUUGUGUUUGUUUCCUGUAAGGCACUUGGUGACAGCCAUGUUUGUUGAACUGCUUGAAAUAAACCUGUCUUAAGUUUGCACAACUAGCAGUUUGUUGAUACCCCCUUCGACUCUUUAAGGGGAGAAGGGGGACCAUUUUAAAGGUAGACAUGUUGCAGCUGUUAUUUCAUAUUCCUGAAAAAGAUAAAUCAAGGUCAGCUCAGAAAUAGAAAAGAUACUGUAGCUCUAACAUGCAACGAUGCCUUCAGCUCUUUUAUUUAAUCUGACAUUAUCACGGAUGUCUGGAAUAAGAACCUGUCAGGUGGAGUUUGAGUCAUCUGCAUUUUGGCCUGUUAAAAACAAACGUGUUCACGUGGGAAUAAAGAAUUUAAUGUUUCACAUAUGCAGGUGUCAUACUCAUCUGUUCCAGGAAAGCGGAGCACACAAACAGCCCUGGUAUGAAAAC